AUGACAUCAACGCUACUCUCAAAAUCAUCCAACCUGUUUCUUUCUGAUUUAAAUCAAGAAUCGGAGAAUGGAGAUACUAGAGCCAAAGGAAGAUCUGGAUUGAAUUGGCUGCAAUUAGAACAAAAAUUCAAUGACCUCAUUGUGCAGUUAAAUUCACCUCAACAAGGUAAUUUCAGUGGGACAACUGCACAACAAAAACAAGAAUAUAUUAAACAACUUGAAUUAAGUCUCGAGGCCAUCAUUGAGGUUGCAUUAAGUGAGAGCACAACAAUCCUACAAGAAGGGGACUAUAAAAAAGCAACCGUUGGAGGACUGAAAGCUCUUGAAUACAUUCAAAAGUUAUAUGGCAAGGAUGCCUUGCAACAGGUAGAAGCUUAUUUUCUCCUUUCCAAGGCUAGUCAACAAAUGGAACAAUUCAAACAAGCUGAGGAAUAUCUUUCAAUCGCAAAUUGGACAUGCAUGAAGAAUAAGGAAAAAUGUUCACCAAAUUUAAGAGCAGAGUUACAUCAACAUUUUGGAUUAUUAUAUGUACAGCAAGGAAAAGUUAACGAGGCAGUAGAAAAUAUGGCUGCCAGUGUAUAUUAUUUAGCCCUAGAGCACGGAACUCAUGAUCUUGUGACAAGUUUUGCGUAUUUCAAUUUAGGCAACGUUUUCGUUUCAAUGCAAGGCAAAGCAGAAAAAGGAAUAUCUUUCAUGAAAAAAGUUGUAGAUAUUUGGUAUGACCAAUUGUCAGCAGUUCUGCUAAAUGGCCUUAACAAAUCAACUGACAAUGCAGAUGUAGAAAACAGAAAAAAGAGUUUUAAAACUUCCCUACAAGAUUUAGAUGAAGAUAAAGUAACGGACGCUGAGAAAAUGUUCGAACACAUUCUAAAUACAAUGCUUCAACAAAUUGGAGAAAAUCAUGUUGAAACUGGGAAGACUUUUGAAGUCAGUGGCAUGUACUUUGUUUUCAUUGGAGAUUACGAAAAGGGUGCACAGCAUCUGGAGAAAGCUAGAAGCAUUUUCUCGUACGUACUCGGGGAUAAUCACCAGUUAACAAAAGAAGUGAAAGAUGUACUUGAUACUCUGAGUAAAAGGCAACAAGAAUAA